CAAAACCGCCCUUUGGGCUGGUUCCCGGCCGCACAUGUACCAAUCAUACGCUACCUGAGCUAACUCACAACAUGCCAUGUUCUGCGUCCAACGCUGUUCAAGACGCAGGCCAUCCUACAGGUACAGGCAUAUGCUGUCUGCGGCCAGAUCUACCCGCACAGAGAAGGCAAACACAUGCGAAGGAUUCAACGUACGGCAGCGGCAAGCAAAGCUGGAACGAUGGCUGUUGGACGUACGACAAUGGCAAUGGAGAAGCUCGCCAAGUCCAAAAGUGUUACAGCUGGGAAUUGCGCUGGUUAGUAUCCAGCAGAUUUUCACACGCUACUGGCCUCGAGGCUCGCUUUCAUAUCAGUCACCAUAAUUACGCACGACGCUUCCAAGGCGAUGAGCAUGAUAACAUGCACUGCCUGCACUUUGGAACAGUAAAAUGAACCGACAGGCCUGGUCUGUGAUGGGCAGUUCACUCGAUAACGUAGACACGGCCAGCGAGUGUGCAAAAGGCGUGCCAGAUGUCCCACCCCUUUUUCUCAAGUCACACACAGAUCCAUACCUCACGGUCCACGUCUUCUCGACGAUGGGAUCUGGCGAGGUGUUCGCCCAGCCAGAUGCGUGGAGUGUGUCGACGUAGUGUCAAGAGACUCUCUGGCAUGCAUUUUCCCUACUUCCGUGGCGCCGCCGCCCGUAUACUGAGCGGGAGUACAAGAGGCGCGGGACGCUUGGCGGCAACCCCCCACUGCAGCGCCCGCACAGGACUCGCACCACCAACACCACGCCAACAAACUCGACCCACCAAAAUUUCCACCAUCCUGGCGUCGUUUUUUCUCCCCGUCUCUCUUUUCUAUCCUACCACUCGCCCUCUCCCCUCCUGAUCCGGUCGUCUCUUCCACGACGCCCGAAAAACAAGACUGUACAACUCCGGCACAAAUCCGACAGCAGGAGUAUAGAAUCGCACCGCCCUCGCCCCCUCCAAAAAAAAAAAUAAGAAAAAUCUCCCACCUUUUCCUUCUUCUGCUCCGUUGCGCAGCGCUGGACGGAACCGCUCGGGGCACGAUGAGCAAGACCGCCAAAGCCAAGACGCGCAAGCCGUCGAUCCAUUCGCGGGCGGCCCGCCGGGCGACGUCGCCGUCGCUCGUCGGCAACGUGGAUAAGUCGCUCAAGGACGUGCAGCCGCCGAAGCGGACGUCGCACGCGCACCUGUUCGCCGGCGCGCGCGACGCCGGCGUGGCGAAGCGGAAGAAGGGCAAGCAGCGGACGCGCGCGCAGCUGGAGCGCCAGCGCCGCGGCGCCGAGCGCGCAGAGGCCGUCAAGGGCCAGCUCGAGACGAAGCUGGAGAAGAGCCUGGGCAAGCUGAAGACGAUCCGCGACCGCCGCAAGGACUGGGACGUGCUCAACGCCGACUCCGCCGCCGCCGUCGGCCGGGCGUCCAGGUUCGCCGCGCUCGACGUCGACGCCGGCCACGCCCAGGCGCACGGCCACGAAGCUGGCGACACGCCUCCCAGCGACGAGGCCGGUACCAUGACGCUCGAUCUUCCCGUCAGGCCGAACGCGCAGGAAGACCGCGCCGCGGCCGAGAACCCGGACGUUCCAGACGACGACAUAGUAGAAUGA